AUGAGCUCCAAAACAGAAGUCGCCACUGGCCCUAAAGAUUGUUUGGGAUGUAGGUUAGUAGGAGCGGCAGGUUUAGUAGGAAUUGGAGGAUAUCUUGCUAAUUAUGCUUGGAAAAACAAAACUUUUGCUGGGAAAUUAACCUUAUCGACAUUAUCUUUAGGAUUUGUUAACCUUGGUGUAGCUAGAUAUAAACAGACUUACCCGUUUGAGAAAAGAGAAACAUAA